CAAGCUAACUCGUCAAUCAAGUAUUGCUGUGGGUCGGUCCGGGCAGGCGGUGACGUCGUCGCUCAGUCCGUGACGACGCCGACGAGCGAGCCCGUCAAACGCCGAACACCUUAUUUGUUUGCUUUUCACGUUCUUUUUGUCAUCUUUUUCUCCAAUCCUCACACGUCGUUCGACUUUUUCAUCGGCGAGCGAGCGAUUGAAAGAAUGCGCGUAAGCUGGUUCCUCUUCCGCAUGGCGUAGCUUUCUCCUUUUUCUCCCUCCGUCGUUUUCUUGCUUCUUGCGGCGGAACCGUGUUUGAGUUUCGGGGUUCCACCACCAGGACGACGGCGGCGGAAUCCGAAGAAGGUUGCCUCCAGAGCGGACCCGGUGGUAGACACAGACAUGUCGAGGCUUGCCUUUCGAGCUAGUUAGCAGACAUGUCGGCGCAGUAGAGGACUGAUCUGGACGGACCGAGUGUGACUCGGGUGCUGGUCCUGCCUGAGAGUCGGACAACCGAAGAUUUGCAGCCUCCCCCCCCUUCCGACCGUCAUAACUGAAAAUAAAAACAUUCACUGGCGGACAUUGUCUGACAGUGGCAGCUACCUGAAGUUGGAUCACUGGGUUUGAACGAACCGCAAGAUGACGUCCAGCACGCCAGAAGAUAUGAUUAACCUGCGACUGAUCCUGGUCAGCGGCAAGACCAAAGAAUUCCUCUUCUCUCCUGACGACUCCGCCGCCGACAUCGCCAAACAUGUUUAUGACAACUGGCCAAUGGACUGGGAGCAAGAGCAAGUCAGCAGUCCCAACAUCCUCAGGCUCAUCUACCAGGGACGCUUCCUGCACGGCAACGUCACGCUAGGAGGACUGAAGCUUCCCGUGGGCAGGACCACCGUCAUGCACUUGGUGGCCCGAGAGACGCUGCCCGAGCCCAACUCGCAAGGUCAGAGGAACCGUGAGAAGAGCGGGGAGCGCAACUGCUGUGUCAUCCUGUGAACGCGUCCCUCAAACAUCUCCAACCUCCCAUGACAACAAUCGAUCCACAUUGGACCACUCGGCUGGAUUGACAUCUUGAUUUUAAUUUGUUCCCUCCUUUUCUCAACACUGUAAGCCUCCACACACACGCAAACACAGUUUAUAACCGGCUGUGAGCUGGUUGCCAUGGUAACCCUGCCUUGUUUUUCUCUUGGCAUUCAAACAAGUGCGCUAUUAGUACAAUACACACACACACACAUGCUUGCCGGUAGCCAUCAUGUUGCCAAAAGAAAAAGCGGACGAGCCGCUCCGCAGCAGUGUUGCCCGCACAGAAACAGUUUGUUCUUUUCUCGGCGUGUUCAAGUGAUCAGCAAUUAUUGACGACGUCCAUUUUGCACAACAGGAGCAUGUGCUACUCGUGCGCAUUCAUUAACAAACGUGCGCGCGUCAGUACGAGUCUAUGAUUCUAAGUGUAUGUAUGCUAUUUGUAUGGAAGACUCGCUAUGUCACUACGUGUACAGUGUGUACGAAUUUGCUUCUGGCCUCAGCAUGAUUAACAGAUUAGUUUUGAUAUGCGCUAAUCGUUUUGUUUGGUUGUUGUUUUUUUGUCGCCGUUAAUCGACGUUUAUUGCAAUCAAACGUGUACAGGAAAUCAAUAUUUUCAGUUGUAAAUAGCUACGCACACAUCUGUAAACUCAAUAAAGCUUAUUGAAGUGUCAA